CUCUCAACCCCGCAGAUGUCGUUCAAAGCCGCUUCCGUCGCUGCCGUGGUGUCGUCGUCUGUGUGGUGGAAGGUAGCUGCUGUAUCCGGUGCUGCUGCCGUUGCAUUUGGUGCGUUCGGUGCCCAUGCGCUCCAAUCUCGUGUGAAAAACCCCAAACGCAUCAAGACGUGGGAAACAGCUUCUCAUUACCAUUUGAUCCACUCCGUUGCCCUUCUGGCUGUCCCAUUAGCGCGCCGCCCAAAUGUUGCGGGGGGCUUCCUCACGGCCGGGAUUGUCCUCUUCUCUGGCAGUUUAUACACACUAGUAUUGAGUGACCAGGCGAAACUCGGAAUCAUUACGCCGUUUGGGGGCCUUGCGUUUAUCGCUGGGUGGCUGGCGUUUUUACUUUGAAUUGGUCGAUCAAUACAUCCGUCGUUGUCUACUUGGUUACUCUA